UUCUUCGGACGCAGAUAAUUAUGAAGCAAUCGUUCGCGAUCAAUUGACAUGAAGAAAGUAAGAGUAAUGUUUGGGACAAUUUAACUGCUUUGCUGAAGCUCUGCAACCUCUUACCUACAUACCAAUGUGUCAGACAAGUUCCUCUGCGCUUCGUCCAGCAUCGAGCCACUCAUCAAGACAGCGUGGUUGUCGUUGCUGGUCAAAAGUGGCAGCUUUCGCCUGCAUAAACUCAUAAAUCUCUAUCAGCAUUCUUCUAGACGACCAUCAUAAUAUGAAUCGAUUACGAUGGUAGAUGCCGGUCGGAAUAACCUACAUCGGAGUACUCGAUCCAUGCCUUGCUCUCGGGCUUUCAUUCUGCAAAUUGCCAGCUACAGCACAGUCCCCAACACUCCCCAAGUUUCGUUCACCUCGACUAUGAGCGCAUUCGUCCAGUCCAAGCUUCUCCCCAGUGGGAACUCGAUCCCCAACUUGGCCCUAGGAGUGUUCCAGAGCAAUGCUGGAGAAGAAGCUUACAACACCGUUUUGACGGCGCUCAAGCUCGGUUACCGCCACAUCGACACUGCCACUGCCUACGAGAACGAAAGUGACGUUGGCAGAGCUAUCCGUGACUCUGGUAUCCCACGUGAAGAGAUCUUCGUUACCAGCAAGUACUACGAGAUCUCGUGGAUUCCCUGGUCGACGACACCCAAGCAGCCGUGGAGCUACCAGGACGUGGUUGACGGUGUCCGUGAGAGCAACCGCAAGCUCGGCCUUGGAUACAUCGAUCUGUAUCUGCUGCACGCUCCGUGCGACAGCGCAACCCGUGCAGAGGCAUGGAGAGCGCUAGAGGACAUGCAGGCUGAAGGGCUUGUGCGUGACAUUGGUGUCUCCAACUUUGGCGAGAAGCAUCUACUCAAGCUGGCGAAGACCUGGCGUGUCAAACCGGCGGUGAACCAAGUGGAGCUACACCCGUGGUUGGCUCGUCCAGAUACGGUCAAGUUCUGCGAGGAUCAAGGCAUCCUGAUGGAGGCCUACUCGCCUUUGGCACGGGCGGAAAAGAUGGACGAUCCUGUGAUCAUGGAGAUCGCGAACGAACUCAACGCAACCCAGGCACAGGUGAUGAUUGCGUGGAGCCUCGCCAAGGGGUUUAUCUCGUUGCCAAAGUCGGUGAAAGAAUCGCGCAUCAAGAGUAACCUGGACUCUGCCAUGCUCAAGCUAUCAGCUGAACAAAUGGCCAAGCUGGGCAGUCUCGACGAGUACUUCGUGAGCGGCUGGGACCCGAUCAAGCAGCACGAGAUCUAAGGCGUACAAACGGUGUAGAUUGCUCUGCAUUUUGUGUUAAAGCCAAUCUAACUCUCUAAUGAACGCAUACAUUAAUUUGUGCU